CGAGAAAAAAAUAUUCUCGUUUUCUAUUGGGCUUGGACUUGGGUUAAUUUGCUAGUAUGGAUAGUGGCCCAGGAUUAAUGGAACCCAAAGCUGAGGCAGUUAUCUUCCCGCGUAGUCUUCUUGUGUCUCCCUAUUUCUUUUUAACUUCUUUUUUUUUUUUUUUUUUCUUUCGGAAGACAUAUCUCGAAUUCUCUACUGGACCUCAUUGUAAUAACCAGUAAUUGAGUAGGCUUCUCACCGGGAUGGUAAUGGCGGCGAUUGCGGCUUCUACUCUUGGAGUCCCUCUUCGGACUCCAUUUUCUUCUUCUUCUUCUUCGACAUGGCGCAGAUCAAUUGUGUCUCAAUCUCUUAACGGCUCUCCCGAUUCUACACCAAGAGUUGGCACAACAACAGUGGAUCGUGUGGGGAGAAGAGCAGCUUUUAUGCUUUCACUUGGGUUGCUCGCUCAAUCCAAGUGGAGUGGAGUAGCGACCGCUUCUGAGUUUGCAGACAUGCCCGCACUCAGGGGAAAGGAUUAUGGCAAGACCAAAAUGAAGUAUCCAGACUACAUUGAAACCAAUUCUGGACUCCAGUAUAAGGACCUCCGCGUUGGCAGUGGCUCAACUCCUAAGAUCGGAGAGACAGUUGUGAUUGAUUGGGACGGCUAUACGAUAGGAUAUUAUGGGCGCAUAUUUGAAGCUCGAAACAAGACUAAAGGGGGUUCAUUUGAGGGAGAGGACAAGGCCUUCUUCAAGUUUGAACUGGGAUCUGGACAGGUAAUACCAGCUUUUGAGGAAGCCGUUUCAGGCAUGGCUCUGGGUGGCAUUCGAAGGAUAAUUGUGCCACCAGAACUAGGGUACCCUGACUAUGACUACAACAAGAGUGGUCCGAAACCAACGACCUUUUCGGGUCAGAGAGCCUUGUCCUUUGUGCUGCAGAACCAAGGUCUGAUCGACAAAACUCUGUUGUUUGACAUUGAACUCAUCAAAAUCAUCCCACCGAGGUGAUUCAUUGGCAGGCAGAGACCAAGGUGCUUGCUUCACUAGUCUCUUAAGGUUACUGUUUUUGUUUGUGUGUAAAUUGUAAUGAAAAGGAAGGGUCCUUCAAACAAAAAGAAAGCAAAAUAGUGGAAGGCAAACAAACUCUUGCCUUAGCGUUCUUUUGCUUGUCUCAUUGUAGACACGUUUUGGGGCGGCCUCUUUAGUGGUGGUGCAGGAGAUAUGCUGGAGUAACGCUCUUGUAUGGAAGGGAGGAGCAGGAGCCUCCAUUACGCGCGUGUUAUUUCAGUGUAUGAAUUCGGAUAGGAGCUGUGGAGAUGAUGUUGAGCAAACGACUGAAAAGGAAAUGGUAUAGAGCGAGUCGGGUUGAGGUUGUUUUUUUAUCACUUAUGUUGAUUGUUGUCAUAAUUCUUUUUACGUAGUUCAUCCCUAGUUCAUCCCAUGUUACAUGAAACAUCUCUAGUUCAUCCAUUUUGUAUGCAAGCACAAUGGAUUUGGAGUAAUCCUCGAAAGAUAUCAAUUAUGCAGCAAUGUCGGAUUAGUUAUGAACUCAAAGAAUUCUAUCAUUCACUCAAAAUCAAAUGGGAUUCAGAAAUCUCAUGAACAUCGUUCAAAGUCCAGUACAGUAAAGGUCGUCGAAAUGGUAUGGUAUGGAUUUCCGGGUCUAACAGGUGACCAUGGUUAGCAAGAAAAUCAGCACACUUAUUGGCCUCUCUAUAAACAUGAUAGAAAAGUACCUUCCAAUUACGACUGGGGAGGUUCCUGAGACGAUUGAUGGUAACGAUGUGAUAGUGAUCGGGGGCUCCUUGCUCUGGAGGAGCUAAAUAACUGAUAGAAACCCGGAUUACGGGUUCAAUCUGUUUUUAGGGAUUUGGGUAAAUGAGCAAAUUACUAAGUUAGUAAUCAGCCUUUGUUCAUGGAAUGGGGAAAAAGGGAAGGGAAGUUUGGAAAAUGAUGGUGAAGGAAGAUGGAGAGGCUGCGGCAGCAGUAGUUAGAGAGAGGUUUCGGUAGGUGAGGAAGAGAGAAUGAGAGAUUAGGAAAAACAAUUAGGGUUUAAUCUUGUUUAGUAGGUAAAUUUCACUUACAAGAAUAUUUAUAUAACUGGAUAAUUCUAUAAUGCUACCCCAAAUUAUUAAUAUCCCAAACAUAUACCAUAAUUAAUCCCAAAGAGUCCGAAAGAACAAUAAAUGACAAACAAUCCCAAAUAAUCAAAUUGUAGAAAUGCGGGUUUCUGUCAUCCUCGCCUCCAUGAGAAAUCCCUUGUCCUCAAGGUUGACUCCACCUCACGGGUUCCCCUCCUUGGCGUCCGCCUCCUCCUCCUCUGCUUCGUCCUCCCAACAACCUAUUAUCAUCAUCAGAUUAGUGUCUCCGCGGGGGCGUGAGAUCUCUCCAGCCAUUCCCACAAGUGCAAAGCAUCUCCUCCAAGUAAAAGGACGCCAAAUGC